AUGCCAGUUGUACUGGCUCAUCAUCCUUCAAUGGACUGCAUUUUUGCCUGCUCCGGUGGUCUUUUUUUGGGUUACCCCGAGCUUAUGGACAACUACGUCACAUUGUUCCCACUGGCUGAUACACACUCGCACACCACUCAGUAUUUCAGGGAACAUGAGUACAAAGUGCAAAUCUCUAACAGUUCUUGGACGUCACCUUGUGGAAGAAAAUGCCCCACUCUCUGGCGCCACAUGGAGGAUAGUCUUCUUGUCACAUGGCAGAAGGGAACGGUUCCUGUGGACAUUAUCAAAGGACAGGAGCUCCUAUGGAGACUGAAUAGCCUUUGUUCUAAUGUGUCGUGCACCAACUUUAUCUUCAGAGAUCCUGAUCCCAAUGCUGGUGCUUGCGCUAAACACACUGUAGACCUUCGCAUCACCGAUUCACAAAGCCGAAAUGGCAGCUUGCCUUGUAUCAUGGGAUUGCUAUUUGGUGCAGCAAUGACACGCCCUUGUGCCGUGCCUCUCUAUCUUGAUAAGGGACGUGUGACCAUUACUAAAAUCAGUGACCUCAAUAUGCAUCCAUUUGUUCGUAAAAGUGGUAUGGAGCCUGCCAACAUCAUAGAUUGCAGUGUGACAAGGCAAAAAAUUGUGAUGGGGAACUGUGUGUUCACCAUCAUUCGAGACCAUGAUCAUUUGCUCGACACGAUACCCUCUUUCUGUCAUGUGGGGCCAUUUUAUGACAACAGAGGCAGAUACAUUCCACUCGCACCACCACAGGGCAACAUGCUCGUUGUCAUGCACGAUCACGUUAUGGCAGAUAUGCCACGCAACAUUCGGACAAAAGAGUUCGCAGAGGUCGCACGAUGCGUGAUCAACCUUGGCCAAAAUAUGAAUGAGUUAGUGUACAGCUUGAUCUACCCAAUUGUUCAAGGCAUACAAAACAAAGUACAGGAUUGGGAACACAAGGGGAUGAUUGAGCAAGCGGUGCACCUACGCGCCACUCCACCAAGAAUGCAACAAACUGUAAUAGCAAAUAAUCAUUGCAAGAUCAUGUUGCAGAACAUCAAACGUACCACACAAGGAUGGCAUCUACAAGCGCCUUAUCAUUGCGUGAUCAGUGGCAAGGGCCUGAUUGGGAGGAAGCAAAGCAUUCCGCAUGAAGUAGACCACACUGAAUGCAUUCGGAAACACGCUAGAGACUGA